AUGAGCGGAGGUAGCAAGGCUGCCAAGACCAAGUUCAUCAUCUUCAAGAUCGCCGACAACAAGAAGGAGGUCGUCAUCGACGAGGUCUCGCAGGACCCCGACUACGAGGUCUUCCGCUCUCACCUCGAGGCCGCUCGUGACGACAAGGGCAACCCCGCUCCUCGUUAUGCUGUCUACGACGUCGAGUUCGAUCUCGGUGGCGGUGAGGGCAAGAGGUACGACGGAAUCCCUCCGCGAAACAAUCGUGCACGGAUGAAUGGAUAUAAUGGGAGAACGGUUGGCUGA